GCAAUUUUUUAAAAUUCACAGCCGCUUCAUUUGAUUUGAAUAGUGAAUUUUCAAAAACACAUUUGUGAACAAUAUAAUAAACGUAAUAUCGUGAUAUGAAGGAAAAAAAUUAUGACGCGAAGAAGGAAUAUCAAAACUCUAAAUUAAAAAGAGUAAAAUCAGAUUCAGAAAUUGAAGGUUCUAGUAAUAAAAAAGGUAAAAAAUUAAGAGCUCAUUGCACCAACAAAUGUGCAGAAGUGGAUCAAAGUAAGAAAAGUCAGUUUAAUGUCCAGAUUGAAAUACUUCUAAAAGAUACUGAAAUAAAAAACAAAUAUAAGAAGAAAUUAACAUCUUGGAUUGAUGACUUUCAGAUAUUCCUAAAUACUCUUCCUAUACAUAAUGCAACUUAUAUUUCUAAUUUUUCAAGAGAAAUUUUCAAUAGACCUAGCAGAGAUUUGAGAUUUGUUAAAAAUAUAGCCAAUCAUUCAAAAAAUAAUCUACGUUGUGAUAAGGAUAUAUCCAUUACUUUUAUAAGACCAGAAUGUGUGGGUACUUUUGGGUUAUACAAAAUUGAUUCCUACCCUGGUCCGAAUAUUGAAAUAAACUUUCAUAUGACAAUACCUAGGAGAUGUUUCAAAGUUAAAGAUUUCCUGAAUAAUAGAUAUUUUGUGAAAAAAUUUUUUUACCUGAUGUAUCUGGCUGAACAUUUACAUUCCCAAAAUAUUUGCUCAAGUAUAAAAUGUGGAUAUUAUUAUGAGAAUGUUCUACUGCCCUACUUGAUAUUAUGUCCGAAGAGUACUGAAAAAAUACGAGUCAAGAUAUUUUUAAUUCCUGAACAGAAUUAUUUCAAGGCUUCCAUAUUCUCCCCUGAGGUUAAUAAUGUUAAAGCACAAGUUUUUGAACAUGAUAUAGGCAAAAUACAUAAUGUAGAAGAUUGGCCUACAACUUUCUAUAAUGCUGCCUUAGCUUUCGAUACGUCCUUAGCUGAAAAUAAUGUUUAUAUAGAGCAGAUUUUCAGCAGUUCAAUCAAUAUACAAAAGGGAUUAAAAUUAAUCGUAAUAUGGAUGAAUAAAAGGACACUCGAUACAGGUUUAGGUGGUUUUUCAACCGACUUGGCAACUUAUAUCCUGGUAUACUUAGUUUCUAGAGGAACAGCUAAUAACAAUAUGACCCCACUGGAGAUAUUCAGAAAUUUUAUUUAUUUCUUAUAUAACUUUGAUUUAACAAAAGUACCAAUUAGUAUUUGUGAAAAAAUAUCCGAAGAAGAAUUACAGGUAUUUAAAGACUCUUUUGAUAUUGUGGUGAUGGAUAAAACAGGAUGUUAUAAUGCAGCCUCCUUUCUAAAUAUUAAUGCAUACCUGAAGAUUAAGAAUGAAUGUAAAUUAGCACUGAACAUUUUAGAUCAAUUGGAUUCAUAUUCUUUAUCAGAUCUGUUUUUGAUAAAUAUUCCUUUAUAUUUACAAUACGAUGCUAUAAUUGAUGUAAAAAAUGAUAACAACUACGAAAUCCUAUUGAAAACUGUGAAUUCAAGAGAAAAGACAAAAUAUAUUGGUUACCAUAUGUUAUUAUUCAUAAAAAUUUUACAAGAAUACCUAAAUAGAGGUUUUUAUGGAAGAGUCUUAAAUAUUGUUCCUAUUAUACCUGGUAGCACUGAGUGGCAUUACGGAGAACGUUUUAAGAUGAACAACCGUAGAAUAUUAUUUGGAAUACAACUGAACCCAGAUAUUCCACUGGAUAUAUCUGGAUUAGGACCAAUUUUCAAGGAUCUUGAAAAGGGAUAUGAGGAACUGAAUGACGAUCAUUCUAAUGAUGGAUGGAUUCGUACCAGUAGGGGGGUGAAUUUCAAGACUAAUACAUCAAAAGGUAGAAGAAACAUUAUUCAAAUGAUCGCUAAUGAAGUGAUGAGUAAGCAACUCAAUUUGAAUUAUAAGAUGUAUUAUAAUGAAUUAGAAGAAUUUUUAUUGGACGGAGAAGUGAAGACCUGGUACAAUUCUGGUACUAAUGAGGAAACAACACUAAAAAUUAUUAAGUCCUCAGAUGAUCUGAAACGAAAAAUUAUGUCUUUAAAGAUUCAAACAGCAAUUGUAGGAAUUAGAGACAUUUCAGAUGUUUUUAGCUUCACAAAUGUGUUUCCAACAAUUCCUUCGUCAUAUAUUUUCGACAAUAAUAUUACUACCAUCAAAGAAAAUAAUUUAAUCUUUGAAAGCAAAAGGCCUAACAUCAUUCCAAAAUAUGUAGAGCCAGUGGAAUGUGUAAUUCAACUCGAUCCCAAUUCCAAAGAAUUCAAGAGUUCGAAAAUACUGAAACAAAAAAAAACUAUUUUCUUAGUGAAAAUUUCAGAUCUUCUAAAGAAAAAAUACAACAUUUUAUCUUCAAUUAAGCCUCCCUACAUGGAUAUUUUGUUUGAGGGAAUUGUGUUCAGAUACAGUUUGUAUUUAUCAAAUGAAAUUUCCCUUAAAAAUGAGGAAUCUGGUGAUAUGGAUAUAUGCCAGAUGGAAAAAAAAUUUAUUGUUGGUCCGAAAAUUAUUGAAGCAUUAAAAGGGAUCAAUUUGAAAUAUCCAAGCUACGGAGUGAGUACAUGCUUAGCAAAAAGGUGGUUAAGGGCACAAUUAGUGGACGAUUAUCUAUUACCUGACAUGGCAAUAAAUUUAUUGAACGCUCAUCAAUAUCUGCAGCAAAAGUUAUAUAAUGUCUCUGUUGCACCUCAAGUAGCUUUCUUGCGCUUUCUGAAACUUUUAGUAGAACUACAGUGGGAUUUACAACCUGUUGUUAUCAAUUUCAAUGAUGAAUUAUCUGAUGAAGUGAUAUCCAAAAUACAGGCUGAAAUGAAAACAAAGAGAGAAGAAUUUUCAACAUUGUUCAUUUUGACCCCAUAUGAUGACUGUAAAUCAAUAUUCACUAAGAAGGCUCCAUGUAAGGAAGUACUGACAAGGCUGAGAGUGCUUGCAAGUGAAUUUUUGGAUUAUGUCAAAGAUAUAAUUCUAGAAGAAUCACUCUAUAGUUGGAAGGAAUUAUUCAUACCUAACAGAAGAGGAUUCCAUUGUAUCUUAAACUUGAAUUCCCCUUUGAAUCCAAGGAGGCAUCAUCGAAUUACAAGAAGUAGAAAUGAGCCAAAAGUGAUUUACGAGGAACCUAAUAAGGAUGAUCAAUAUUUACCUAUAAUAAACUUUGAUCCUGUACAAAUGUAUUUAAAAGAAUUAAGAAUCACCUAUGGCGAUUAUUGUGUAUUUUUCCAUGAUACCUAUGGAGGAAAUUAUAUAGGUGUCCUAUGGAAACCAGAUGCACUGGAAUCAAAAGAAGAUACCCAAAAAGGUUUUGAAAUUCUUGGAAGAGAUAUUUUAAAAUCUAUAGAAAAUGACUGCGAGUGUUAAAGUAUUAAAUGAUUUUUCUUCAUAAAAUUAAUAAGUUGAAUAUGAAGUAAAGUUUCAAAUACAGAAUUGUUAAAUA